AUGGCGCGGAACGAUGCGUCGAUGGCGAUUCGCGCGGUGGAUGGCCACGCGCGUGGCGACGAGGCGCGACGGGUGAUGCGAGACGUCCUCGACGCCGCGCGCGGGACGCUGUCGGCGCGUGGAAACGAGUCGGACGGCGCGGGGGAGGGGACGCGCGCGGCGUGCGGGGCGCUGGCGGCGCUCGGGUUGUUGGACGCGGAGGACGCGGUUCGGGACGGCGGCGCGACGGGCGCCGCGGGCGAGGGUGGGGACGUCACGGGGGUGUUGGAAGAUUGUGAAACGACGUUGGUUGAGGUGCUGGAUGCGAUGCCGGAGUUUUUGAGCGCGGGCGCGCGGGCGCUCGCGACUCGGUUGAAGAGUCCGUCGCUCGGUUCGUCCGCGGUGGCCGAGGCGGAGCGGGCGAUGCGAUUACGGGAGAUGCGGAGCGCGUUCGCGUUUAAUAAGGUGAUCGCGAAGAAGUUUCACGAGUUUAUUCGCGUGCACUUUGACGCGGACUCGAGAGGUGGGCGAACGGUGGCGCGGCUCGGGUGGGCGGUGUAUCAGUGCGCCAAGUGUGAGGCCUUGCCGAAGUUUCCCGAUCUGUACUCGUGCUAUCAUCUCUUGGUCGCUGUCGAGGCGUUUUUACUCGUCAACGCACCGAGGGAGCUCUUGCGGACGUCGUUAAAGAACAUGGUGAGCAUGACAGCGAAGGACGCGGUGACGGGGCUGCCAGAUCCGCUCGCGAGUCUGAGCUCGAGCUCAAAGACAAAGGUGGAGACGGUGCGCGCGAUGUCGGUGGCGGUGAUCAACGUCCUCAAAGCGACGUUUCCAAGCGCCGUGUUCGAUGUCACUUCACACUUUGAGGACGUCGCGCCGAGUGACGCGUGCGUCCGAGGCGUCUUCGACGGAGACGCCGACGUCGCGUCGCCCGUCAUGGAGAGGUACCGACGCGUCGCCGCUGAGACGUUCGGCCGUCUCGCCGUGGACGAGACGCUGUAUCUGUACACGGAAAUGGAGGGCGAAGACUCUCGUGGGAGGAAAAUCAUCGGCGAUCUCGCGUCGUGCGCGACGGAGACGACUCACGGCUCAAUGGCGACGCCCACGAGGCGCAAACGCGCCGCCGCGCCGUUUUCACCGUACAGACCCAAGAAGAUCUCAACGAUCCAAGAAGAUGGGGGAAUGUCAAUGAGCCCCAUGCGUGCGAUCAGAGGACCGUUGCCGGCGGGUGUAGUUCCGCCGACGCCGAUCAGUCAGGCCAUGGCGAGCGCGUCUUGGCUUCAAGACAUUGUGUGCGCAAGCUCGGAUCUUGAGACCAAGCUCGCGGAGCUAAGACGAUUCGUUCCAGGGGAAGAAACUGUCAUUGAUAAACUGCACAAAAAGGUGGACGUUCUUGGACAGCGCCUCGGACAGGCGAUUCGAGAGGACGCGCUGGUGACAACGAUGCGCACUGAUAUCAGUCCGCACAGUAUGGUUAUGGACGAGCUCGUCCGUCAGCGCACUACGGAGCUCGUGCACAUCUUCUUUUUCUUUUUGAACCGAAUUUUACGAGCCGAGUCGCAGGUGAAAAAAGAUGCGAACAUCGUGGCGCUCUUACAGAGCUCUCGGUUCACCAAGUCUUUGCUCGCGUGCUGCAUGGAGGUCAUCGUCGCUACGUACAAGACGUCCACCCUCACGUUUCCGGCGACGACGCACCUGCUGGGAAUACAUCCGUUCGAUUUGACCACUAUCAUCGAGCCGUUCGUGCGAGCGGACAUGGAUCUCCCGCGAGAGAUCGUACGUCAUUUCAACUCUCUGGAGGAGAAGACGCUCGAGCGCCUCGCAUGGUGCAAGGGCUCGGCUCUCUUUGACUUUUUACAAUCGUUUCAAGAGAGCGUGAAUCGAGGUGGAACUACGUCUACGUCGACAUCGAACCCCAGGGCGACGUCGAUCCCGAAGCGACCAGUGUCUCCGAUGUUCAACGUAGCGGCCAUUGCCGAGGUGGCUGCCAUGGGCGAGCCCGCUCGCGACGCCGCCGCGGAGAAGGAUCUUGUCAUGCCGCAGUGUCACUCUCCCGUGAGACGUCCUCCUACAAGCGCGUUCACCGUGUUCUCGUCGCCGUUGCGCGGCGCGACGACGCCUCGACGCAAGCUACCCGGUGGUCAGCCGCUCCCCGAGCGAUUUGCCGCCGUCAGAAAUCACGACGUGGAGCAACCGAUCGGGUGCGACGUGUGCGCGUUCAAGGCGCUUCAAAUUUUCUUCGCCAAGGUCAUGCAACUCGCGGCGAGGAGACUUGGGGACCUGGCGUCGAGGUUGAAGCUCUCACCGGAGGUCACGCGCGACGUCUACGCCUUGAUUGAGCACGUGAUUUACGAACAGACCAAUCUGGUGUACAACAGGCACGUCGAUCAAAUCAUCCUCGCCUCGGUGUAUGGCGUGUGUAAGGUGAACGGCGGGUGCGGCGGCGCGGUGCAGUUCAAAGACAUCAUAUAUCAGUACUCAAAGCAGCCGCAGUGCACGGAGGAGAUCUUUUGGACCGUGGUGAUCGAGCAAACUGACCCUGAGCUAGAGGUGUCGACGCGAGGCGACAUCAUCUCGUUUUACAACAAGGUAUUCGUCUCCCGCGUGCGCACCUUUUUGUUGGCGCUUCGAGAGCGCGCCGAGGCACUCGCAGCUCAAAAGACCACCGACGGUGAGAAGGUAUCCGUGGAUGAACCCUUUCCUUUCGGGAUAUCAUCCCCGCGCAGACGGCUGCCAGUUGAGAACCAAAACAUUUACGUUUCGCCAAUGCGUCCGGAGCGCGAAGCCGCCAUGCUUCAAGACGCCGCCGUGCAGGGCGAACCAUCGACGCCACGCACGCGUAGUCUCUUCGCCACCAUCGGCGAGAGCAUACACGGCGAUCCGUCCUCGGCGAAUGAUUUUGAAGCCAUCAAUAAGCAUUUGGCAAUGAAGGCAACGUCAACGCCGUCCAGACUCGGCGCGCGCGUCCCUGAAUUCAGUAAACGAUGA